GUGGUUGCUAUGGUAUCCCAGGUAGUUGCUAGGAUCUUAAUAGCUGGAUGCUUUGGAAUUUCAGGUGGUUGCUAAGGUGUUGCUAAGUUAUCCCAGGUGGUUGCUAGGAGGUUGCUAAGUGGUAUCUAAGGUGUUGUUAGGUCAAUGUUAUGGGGUUGCUGGGUGGUUGCUAUGGUAUCCCAGGUGGUUGCCGAACACUUACUACGUUGUUAUGGAAUUACAGGUGGUUGCUAGGGUGUUGUCCCGGCUGGUUGCUAGAAGGUUGAUAGGUGUUUGCUAUGGUAUUCCAGGUAGUGUUAUUUAGUGGUAUCUAAGGUGUUGUUAGGGCAGUGCUAGGUUGUUGAUAGAUGAUUGCUGUGAUAUUCCAGGUGGUUGCUAGGGUGUUGCAAGGUGGUUUCUAAGGUGUUGUUAGGGCAGUGCUACUGGGUUGUUGAGUUGUUGCUAUUGUAUCCCAGGUGGCUGCCGAGCACUUACUAAGUGGUUAAGGAAUUACGGGUUGUUGCUAAGGUGUUGCUAAGCAUUUGCUAUGUUAUCCCCUGGUAGUUGCUAGGGUGUUGCUAGGUGGUUGCUAUGGUAUUCCAGGUAUUUGUCCGUCUCUGAGCCUGGGGGUGUGUGUGAGAGAGUUUGUGUGUGUGUGUAUGUGUGUGUGUGUGCAUGCAUGUGUCACACACACUCAGCUCACACGCUAAGGUCGAGCACGAGCCGGUCUUCCUCCCACGCUGAGAAUAAGACGUAAUGAAGCAGGAGCUUUGAACUGAAACGAGUCUCCCUCUGUCUCGAACACGCUCUUUCCCUCUGUUAACACUGUACAUCCAUUCUUUCCUCCUGCUCUUUCUGCGCUGCGUUUGGAACACGGCCGAAAAGACGACGCGGCCAGCGUGAUGAUUGUUGGAAAGCUUGAAGGAUUUGGUAUGGAUUUACUGUAAGCCGGGAGACGUGAUGUUGGACGUGGGUGUGUGUUGGACGGGAAUUGAACCGACUCUUCAGCACUCGUUGAUGUGAUGUGUUCUGACACCGGGCUUUAAGCGAGCAGGUCCAGGCGUCAGAGCAGACGAAUCUUCAGGGAAGAACGUUGAGCUUGUCUUCAGCCAGAAAUAUUUAAAUAAAAGGAAUUUCGUGUUUGCGAUGUUGGCACCUCUGUAGAAAGUGUCAUGAUUCAUAGAACAUCCACCUGAGACUGAGACGACUGCCUGAAACUCUGUCGCUGUAUCAGAUCGGAUCAGAUCUGGAAUACUUUUUACAAAUCCGAGGGUUUUUGGAAGGAUUUCACUCACAGUAGUACUAGGAGGGAUGAGGGUGGGGGUUGGGGGGGCAGGGGUGGUACACUGGGGUGGCCAAUCAAAUUUCAGUGCUUCCAUUGGCUCCUCUGGUUUGCCCUGUAGAACUGCUCCUGCGUGAGGAUGCAGUGUUUUAUCGUCAUCCGCUUUGGACAAAAUUGAUGCUGCGAGAUGUUCCAUAUCGAUUCUAAAAUACUGCUGCUCAACUAUAAAGCCCUAAACGGCCAAGCUCCUUCAUAUUGAACCAAUCUUCUCUCACGUUAGAAUCCUUCACGCUCUUUAAGGACGCAAAAAACAUGACUUUAUUCCACUCCUCCAUUCAACUCGGACAGUUCCUCAACCUCAGCUACAUCACUCGAGAUGAUAAUCGGUCUCAACCACACACCCUGUGGCACCAACAUGCACAAUCAGUUAAUACUUUCAAAAUGCUUGUUUGUUCUUUUCUGAAGGCCCCAGCACAGAUCCACAGCAUGUGUGUGGAGAGCUAUUUUGAUCAUCGGCUCAAUAAAUAAAAGAACAGUUCUUUUAUAAAAUUUUCAGCAGUUUUUACAGAAGUAUGGUAGAAGGAUGCUUUUAUACUGGAGCUCAGUGAGGCAGAGUUGAGGUCGGGGCGACUGGAGCAAAGCACUCAUGACACAAAGCCCUGAGCAGUGUGAAUUUUCUUCACACCUGUGUUCAUGUCGGAGUUCGUAUCUGUUCUAGGUCUGGGUGAUUUGACCAAAAUAACAUAGCAGAGAUAUUUCUGCAGCACAGCACAGUGUUUGAUGAUACUGUAGGCAUACAUUCAUAAUCUGUUAUAAUGCAUUCAUAAAUGAUUGUACACUGAUUGAACACUGGACUGUGUGGAAGGUGUGCUGUGGUGUCUGGGACCAAGACGUCAGCAGCAGAUCCUUUAAGUCCUGUAAGAUGUGAGGUUGGGACUCCGUGGAUCGGACUUGUUUGUCCGGGACGUCCCACAGACGCUGGAUCGGAUCGAGAUCUGGGGAAUUCGGAGGUCGAGUCAACACCUUGAACUCUUUGUCGUGUUCCUCAAACCGUUCCUGAACAGUGUGUGCGUUGUGUCAGGGAGCGUUAUCCUGCUGAAAGAGGACACUGAUAUUAGGGAACACCGUGGCCAUGAAGAGGUGUACUCGGUCUGCGACAGUGUUUAGGUAGGUGCUACGUGUCAAAGUAACAUCCACAUGAAUGCAGGACCCGAGGUUUCCCAGCAGAACAUUGCCCAGAGCAUCACACUGCCUCCACCAGCUCGCCUUCUUCACAUAGUGCAUCCUGGUGCCAUCUCUAUCACAGGUAAGCGACACACACACACACACACACACACACACCCGGCCUACACAUGAUGUAAAAGAAAACCUGAUUCAUCAGACCAGACCACCUUCUUCCAUCGCUCCAUGGUCCGGGCUUUCGGUGGUGGACAGGAGGUCAGUAUGGGUGUUCUGGCUUUACACUUCCCAGCAGUGUGCAUAGCGCAUUAUUAGGUCUAGAUUCUUUCAGAAGUGGUAAAGCUGUGUUCUGUGAUUUCCUGAUAAUCUAAGCACAAUAACAUAAUACAUAAUAACGAUAGCCAUAAAGUGUAACGCAGUGUUGUAAACGAUUAUACUGUGAUGAUGUGUAGAAUUCCUGACGACUGCAUUAUUACCGGAUAUGAAUGUGUUUAUAGUUCAUUAUAAAUCUGACCUUCAUAGAAAGUGUUGUUUUAUUACAAAAUGGAACAUCAAGUACGCUGUUUCUCAGCACUGUGUAAUUAUUUUGAAGAAAUGUAAAACAAAAAAACAAACACAAUUAUACCAAGAUAUCACGAUAUGGGCGAUGCCUCAGAAACGUGUAUCGUGCCAUAGUUUAUCACAAUAUCAGUAUUAUAUCAUCGCAUUGCUCUGCCCUUAUCUGUUCAUCCUGAAUAAUGGAUUCAUUUCCUAUUAUACACUGAAUUUAUUAUUUAUUAUAUACUUCCACUCCUGUGAGUAUUAAAGGCAACUGCAGUCCUCUUCUCUCUCUCUCUCUCACUCACUCUCUCUCUCUUCUCUCUCUCUCUCUCACUCACUCUCUCUCUCUUCUCUCUCUCUCUCUCACUGUCUCAGUGUCCCUCUCUCUCUCACUGUCUCUCUCACUGUCUCUCUCUCACUGUCUCUCUCACUCUCUCUCAUUCUCACUGUCUCUCUCUCACUCUCACUGUCUCUCUCUCUCACUCUCUCUCUCACUGUCUCUCUCUCUCACUCUCUCUCUCACUGUCUCUCUCUCUCUUCUCUCUCUCUCUCUUUCUCUCUCACUCUCUCUCUCUCACUGUCUCUCUCUCUCUCUUUCUCUCUCUCUCUCUCUCUUUCUCUCUCACUCUCUCACUGUCUCUCACUCUCUCACUUCUCUCCCUCUCUCUAACUCUCUGUCUUUGUCUCUCUCUCUCUCUCUCUCUCUCUCUCUCUCUCUCUCUCCCCCUCUCUCCAUUCCCAUUUUAUUUGCUCCGUAUGUGCUUCUUUUUAACUCCUUCUGAGAAAAUAAAGGAAGGAAGGCUCUGAGACAGAUGGGUUAGGGUUACAGCCUGGUUUCUCCAAGUCUGUAUGUUUCAUUUCUCUCUCUGUCUAUCUCUUGUCUUACUUUUUGUUAAAACCUCAUUCCUUUUCUCUCGUCAUCCAUCUCUAAUUGUCUUUUUAUGCCACAUGUCUUCUCUGAGGAGAGCAAAGGUUAAACACUUUUACCUUUCCAACUCUUUCCCCAAAAAAAAAAAAAAAAAUACCCUUCAGCUUCGACCACCUGCUUUAAAGUGCUUUACUCCGUGCGGUCUCUUCUUACAUUUAUAAUAUCCUUUUUUUCAGUCCCUCCCUCUUUUUCUCUGUCUCUAUGUCUCUCUCUCUCUUUUGCUCUAUCCCUCUCAAGGUCCUCUUGGCUCACUAGUUUUCAUUGAGGAUCUCGAGAAGUCUGAAAACUUUCUCUCUCACUCAGAGAUUUUCGAGAGAGAGAGAGAGAGAGAGAGAGAGACGAGAGGAAAGAAGACAGAAAAGAGAGGAAAAAAACAUAAAAGGUGAGAAGAAGGGAAAAGAGGACAGAAAAGGAGAGACAAGGAGAGAAGAUGAUGGUGUCCUUCCUCUCCAUUGUACCAGGACAUCCUACUCUCUUCGCUCUCUCGCUGCUUGGCAUUGUGGGAUUGUUUGUGGAGGUCUCUGGGGGAUUCCCGCAUGAAGAUGAGGAUUAUUACAUGCAGGAGUUCUUGAGCAGGGAACAUUAUUACCGCGUUCCUGUCCUGGAGGAGAGCUCAGUGGAAGGUCAUGAACUUUCCACACCACCCGUCCACAACAAGCCCAAAACCUCGGGGAAACCAGCUGGAGGAAAGACAAAGUCAGUGAAAUCUUCAAACAAGAAAGCUGACAAGACUGCUAACAGCAUCAGUGAAGCAGACGGACAUUACCGUUCCGAGAGCGUGGAUUGCCCUCCUCUCGGCCUCGAGACUCUGAAAAUCGAUGACUUCCAGCUUCACGCCUCCAGCAUGCAGCGGUACGGUCUGGGAGCUCACCGAGGACGACUCAACAUCCAGGCCGGUCUGUACGAGGACGAUCUGUACGACGGCGCGUGGUGUGCAGGAAGGAACGACCCUCUGCAGUGGUUCGAGGUCGACGCCCGGAGACUCACCAAAUUCACCGGAGUCAUAACACAGGGCAGGAGCUCACACUGGUCGAGUGAUUGGGUGACGUUGUACCGAGUUUUGGUCAGCAAUGAUUCACACACCUGGGUCACACUGAAGAACGGCUCUAGAGACCUGCUGUUCAUUGGCAAUAAGGAGAAGGAGAUCCCGGUGCUGAACAAAUUCCCCAGGCCUGUGGUGGCGCGCUACAUCCGGAUCAACCCGCGCUCCUGGCACAAACACGGCAGCAUCUGUAUGAGGGCGGAGAUACUGGGGUGUCCCUUACCAGAUCCUAAUAAUUACUACCACCGCCGCAACGAAAUCACCACCACAGACAAGCUGGACUUCAGACACCACAACUACAAGGAGAUGAGGCAGUUAAUGAAGGUGGUGAAUGAGAUGUGCCCGAAUAUAACUCGCAUUUAUAACAUCGGGAAGAGCUACAACGGGCAGAAACUCUACGCUAUAGAGAUAACAGAUCAUCCAGGAGAACAUGAGCUGGGUGAGCCGGAGUUUCGCUACACAGCGGGUUCCCAUGGUAACGAGGUGCUGGGGCGUGAACUCCUCCUCCUGUUAAUGCAGUUCUUAUGCGUGGAGUAUCGCUCCGGUAACCAACGGAUACGACACCUGGUUCACGAGACGCGGAUCCAUCUACUGCCGUCGGUCAACCCAGAUGGAUACGACAAGGCCGCAGAGGCUGGCUCCGAGCUGAGCGGAUGGUCUUUGGGUCGAUGGAGUCAGGAUGGCAUGGACAUCCACCAUAACUUCCCUGACCUGAACAAAAUUCUGUGGGAAGCCGAGUCUCGGAAAUGGGUCCCACGCAAGUUCCACAACCACCACGUACCCAUUCCUGAGUGGUACCUGUCCAAAAACGCCACGGUUGCCGUGGAGACGCGGGCGCUGCUGGGAUGGAUGGACAAGAUCCCGUUCGUCUUAGGGGGCAAUCUUCAAGGCGGCGAGCUGGUAGUGACCUUCCCUUACGACCGGACUCGGCUCUCUGGAGUUUUGAAGGGGGCCACGCCCACUCCAGACGACCCGGUGUUCCGCUGGCUGGCGUUCUCAUACGCCUCCACACACCGGCUGAUGACAGCCCCGAUGCGCAGGGUGUGUCACACACACGACUUCACCAAAGAGGACGGCACCAUCAACGGGGCGUCCUGGCACACGGCCGCAGGAAGUAUGAAUGAUUUCAGCUACCUCCACACCAACUGCUUCGAGCUGUCCAUGUACGUGGGCUGUGACAAGUUUCCUCACGAGAGCGAGCUGCCCGAGGAGUGGGAGAACAACCGCGAGUCUCUGCUCGUGUUUAUGGAGCAGGUUCAUCGGGGUAUCAAGGGCGUGGUGAGGGACCUGCAGGGGAAAGGCGUCGCCAAUGCCAUAGUCAGUGUGGAGGGCAUCAACCACGACGUCCGCACUGCCGCUGAUGGAGAUUACUGGCGUCUGCUGAACCCGGGCGAGUACAGCGUGACGGUGCGAGCAGAAGGCUACAGCCUCGCCCGUAAAGCGUGCGAAGUCGGCUACGACAUGGGAGCCACGCAGUGCGACUUCAAGCUCGCUCGCUCCAACCUGUCACGCAUCAAAGAAAUCAUGGCCAAGUUCAACAAGCAGCCGAUCAACAUGAGACGACCUCAACAGAGACGCCCGGGGACAUAGAGGACGCUGCGGGAAGGACUGGAAGGGAAACCGGGCGCGUGAUGGACAUUCUGGACUGAUUUAGACUGUCUGACGGUGUAAAAUUAAAAUAAAAAAGAUAUCAUGUAAUCAGAUAGAGAACCGGGUGAAGGACAGAGGAUACGCAUGAGCCGCUUGGUUCUGUAGAGAAGAGAGUUUUGGUUAUUUAAGGCUGUAAAUGCGACAGAACGAGCAAAGCAUCCAUUUUAUAAUGGCGUAAGUGUUCUAUUCAGAAUUAAUAUAAUUACAGAGUGCAUGAGCAGAGAUAUUAGAGAAUUAUAAACACCAAAACUGGCAUGGAAAUAAAACUCAGUUUAAAGCA